UUCUUCUCUUUUCUUCAUCUGAACCCCCAACAAAUAAUAAUGGUGCUUUCGCGGCUUCGACAGCCCGUAAUCUCGCGGACUCCUGCUCUGUUACGAGCUCGUCUCCUCUCAUCUUCAUCCUCCAGAUCCUUCGCUCGAAGUUGCAGUGAGCUAAAUUCUAUUGUGGGUGAUCAGAACACUUUACAGAGGCCCACAUCAUUGUUCACACUUGGCAGAGUUCAGGGUGUAUCUUUUGUUCACAAGCAAUGGAUUGGUGUCAAGCACUUCUCAACUACAGAUCCUUCACAUCAAGUGCUUGGGAUGCCUGCUUUGUCUCCUACAAUGGAUCAAGGUAACAUAGCAAAGUGGAGGAAGAAAGAAGGAGAUAAGAUUGAAGUGGGUGAUGUACUAUGUGAAAUCGAAACUGACAAAGCUACUCUUGAGUUUGAAAGUCAAGAAGAAGGGUUUCUUGCUAAGAUACUGGUACCAGAAGGUUCAAAAGAUGUACCUGUGGGACAACCUAUUGCAAUAACGGUUGAAGACCAAGAUGAUAUACAAAACAUCCCUGCAUCUGUAGCAGGAGGACCUGAGAUUAAAAGGGAGAUAUCAUCUAAUCAGGAUGUCAAGAAUGAGGACAAGGCGCAAGAAACAAGUUCUGUGAAGAUAAAUACUUCUGAUCUUCCUCCACAUAUUCUUCUUGAAAUGCCAGCUCUAUCCCCAACAAUGAACCAAGGGAAUAUUACUACAUGGAGAAAGAAAGAAGGAGACAAGAUUGAAGUGGGUGAUGUGCUAUGUGAGAUAGAAACUGAUAAAGCAACCGUUGAAUUUGAAAGUCUUGAAGAAGGGUACUUGGCUAAAAUACUAGCGCCCGAAGGUUCAAAAGAUGUGCUUGUGGGGCAACCAAUUGCAGUAACAGUUGAGGAACUGGCCGAUUUGGAAACUGUAAAAAAUUCUGUAAGCAGUGGUUCAUCUGUAAAAGAGGAUAAGCCAAUUCAUCGUGAUGUUAGGAAAGAAACUAGUGCACCAAAAACCUCUGUUAAAAGAGUUAGUCCGUCUGCAAAGUUGUUAAUCACGGAACAUGGGUUGGACAUUUCAGUAUUGGAGGCAUCGGGUUCUCAUGGUACGUUAUUGAAAGGCGAUGUGAUGGCGGCAAUCAAAUCAGGAGUAGGAUCUUAUAAAGCUUCUUCGUCAAAAGAAAAGACACCAUUGUCCCCUCAAAUUCAUAAAGAUCGAACUACUCAGGCACCACCACCAAAGUCAAGAUCUUCCUCUGAGAAGCCAGAUUCAUUUGAAGAUUUCCCUAACAGUCAAGUUCGCAAGGUGAUUGCUAGAAGAUUGUUGGAAUCAAAACAAAAUACACCACACUUGUAUUUAUCAUCAGAUGUUAUUCUGGAUCCUCUUCUUUCACUUAGAAAGGAUCUUAAAGAGAAACAUGAUGUCAAAGUAUCAGUGAAUGAUAUUGUGAUUAAAGCUGUAGCUGUUGCAUUAAGAAAUGUACCAGAAGCAAAUGCUUACUGGAAUGCUGAGAAAGAAGAAGUCAUUCUAUGCGAUUCUGUUGAUAUAUCAAUUGCAGUGGCCACUGAGAAGGGUUUGAUGACUCCAAUAGUGAGGAAUGCUGACCAAAAAACAAUAUCGGCCAUCUCCCGAGAGGUCAAGGAACUAGCUGAAAAGGCUCGAAUGGGAAAGCUUAAGCCACACGAAUUCCAAGGGGGGACUUUCAGCAUUUCAAACUUGGGAAUGUUUCCAGUGGACCAAUUUUGUGCUAUUAUUAACCCUCCACAGUCUGGUAUCCUUGCUGUAGGCAGAGGCAACAAAGUUGUAGAACCAGUCAUUGACAGUGACGGAAUUGAGAAAGCAGCAGCUGUAACCAAAAUGAAUAUGACAUUGUCAGCUGAUCAUCGUGUUUUUGAUGGCAAAGUUGGAGGUGCAUUCCUCUCAGCCUUAAGUUCAAACUUCAGCGACAUUAGACGGCUUCUUUUGUAAGAACAUAGAGAAGCACAUCAAUUUAGUUUGAAUUUGCAAGAGAGCAAUAACGGUAGCGGAGUUUACUUCAAAAACCAACUCAACAGUUGCAGAGUCACAUUUUUUUUUUCCUGAAAUUUCCUGGGCUUCAACGUUUGCAUUUGUUGUGCCAAACAGUUUUCCUAAAACUCACUUGGUGCAUCAAAUUCAAACUGUGAAUAACAAAGCUGAUUGAUUGAUUGAUGCAAGGUUUUGUAUAAUUCUUUUUUCACGGUUUCCUUUUAAACAAAAGAAGAGAGGAUGUACCCAAAAUGCACAGGAAAACUGAUCAAUAAAUAAGUUUAUUUCCCAUUAUCAAUAA